AUGUCUGAACCGACCAAAAAGAUAUCCGAGCCGCAGCAAAGGUACAAUCCUCUCAUUAGACCAACUGAUGAGCACUGGAAGACCAUCUAUGGCCACUUCAAGGAUCUUCUCAGCUUGCCCACCACGCGCAUGGGACAAGUCUUGGAGGAUUACUUUACAUCGCAUGAGCGGAAGCUUUUCAUGCCAGCUACGGAGCCUCGCAGUUUAAGGAAUUGUCAAGAAGACAACGCCCGACGAUACCAAAGCUUGAUUGGCAACAGAUUCAAAGAAUGUCGCCCCUCCCUGGCAACAAAAUUCACAAUGCUCUACUUCGGACUGCCUGUCGAGCCAGUUUUGUCUGAGCUGACGCGCUUUUCGAAGCCGGAUUUUGAUGUGGACGACUGGGAUGAACUCUGCACUGCCGAGGUCCGCCCUCCGCUGCACUUUCUGACAGCCUACGACCAGAGGAAUUUCGGAUACGACUACAUGAGAGGAAAAGAGGACCAAUACAGCACGAUCCCUGUGGCAGCUUCUCAAAUGCCAGACGCCACUGGUGAGGAACUAAGCCUUCGAGGAGGGGGCGACGAUGACGAUGCCUUUAUGGCAGAUACUGCCAUGAUUUUGGAAAACGAAGAUGACGAUUCAUUGGAUGACGGCUCCAGCAGUGGGAUCGUGAUGAUGCCUGCGUCGGGCAUAUCAAAUAAAGUCAUCUCAGGAAGAGGGACCGCCACGCCUGACCCGAGGCGACAUCAAAAGCAGUCGGCGAUAACCUCUAAAAUCGGGCACCCAUCACCAGAAUCGGACAAAGUACACGGCUGGGUUCCUCUGUUUGGAUUCCAAGGCAGAAUCAUGUUCGAUACGGACGACAUGUCCACGUUUCAGGAGGCUGCGAGAAAGCUCUUGUCCCUGCGCCAACGGGAGCAAGGCGACAUCGUGCUCGUUGAAUUUGAUUUCAAGACGGCGAAAGUCCUCCGGCAAUUCGAUGACAAUAUUCCGCUCAACCCUGUUAGUGAUCUUGCGGAACACCUGGGUCAGGCAACCAAGUCCGCAUCCAGCUCGGCCUGGUUCGUGCUCCGCAUAGGCGAAGACAUUCCCUCAGAAUGGGAGCCUCCAGAAUCCUUCUUCUUGACCACGCUGAUCAAGUUGACUCAUUUUGACGACGACGGGCGAGAAAACCUCUCGUAUCUCAAAGUGCCAGAUGACAAAAGCUUCUUUGGCCCCAAGCAAGUGGGCUACAUCUACCCUGCCAAUAAACCCUGGGGUUCUAAUCAAUACAUGCCCUUUAUCACGACGGCACAAGAAGUGCUGGUGGGAAGACCGGAUCACCCAGGGGGAAGUCACUGUGAUCUUGUCAUUUCACGUGAUGAUGAAGAUCCAGAGGGAUCAUCAGCACCGUGGUAUGGUGGUCUGGAAAUCCACCGCGAACUCUGGGAUAGCAUGCAUCCUCUGAUCAGCAAGGGUCAAGCGUUCCGAGUUCAAACUCGCCCCGUGGCCAACGAUACCGUUGUGUUCUACCUGCCGGGAUACUCGAACAACGCCAGAACUCUCAAGAACCGAGAGUGCCUUCGGCGAACAGGCUCUGGAGACCCCUAUCCAGACGCCCUGCACAAGGUUGGCCUAAUGACGAAAAGCGUCGGAAUUCCCAUGGAAGCCUCUCACUACCUGAUUUGGCGCGGGGUCGACUAUUUCAACCCAUUAAUCAGUCGCCCCGUUGGAGCCUACAGUCCAGUUCGGUGGAAUUAUCGGGACAAAGAUUCUUCGAAACAAGCCCAGAAGGCGCUAUCAAAGCUCAUUAUCCGUUCUGUCGACGACAAGAAUGAGCCCUGUCACUUCUUCGUGAUCCAGCCAAUGGAUGGGGCUGAAGAUCCAUGCACAAUUGAGGCGGUCGAAGGACUGACAGGUCAGGCAGACUUCAGCAUGGAGCCUCUUACUAUGAAAGCGUUGAAAUCCACGCUGGAAAUGCUCUAUGCUGGAGACGAAGAGAUCACUUACGACGCUGAAAAGGACAGCAUUGUCAUGGAGCCUCUUUUCAACGAAGAAACAAUUGGAAGGAGUUGGAGCCCGGCCAGCUUCGUUCUUCGGCCGGACGCCACCGACUCCGAGGCAGCCAUGGCCCGGCGCUUCAUCCUAGCUCAAAUGGUGCGAGCAGACGUCUUGCAAGAUGACGAGUUGGACUUUGUCAAAACACUGGCUAAAGCAACGGAGGCAAAUAAUUAUUGGGGUCCUCGGUAUGGCGAAGUGGCACCCUUUCGAAAGGAGUUCUCCCUGCCAGCAAUCGUUCCCCCUGGCAAGCUCCAUCCCGUGGUCUUCCAUGAACCGAAGACGCCGCCUCCUGCUCCUCGGAAAUCAGCUCACCCUAUGCCGAGAGAGCCUGACCAGACACCCCGUGAAGGAAGCUAUGUGCGGCAGCCAAGCAUCUUUGACAGGGGCGUCUGGAACCCAUCCUUUCCGAUCAACGCGCCGCCCGUGGAGGCCAUUCUGAGGACCGGGGCAGGCCGAGUCCCUAUGGUCACCAAGAACGUUCUAACGCCUAGUGAGCAGCGGGAACUACAGGAUAAAGUCUGGAGCCUCUCCAAAGUGAACCUGGCUCGGCUGGCCGCCUGUCCGUACCAGAAAUGCCGGUUCACAUAUCGCCAAGAUGAGGACGAGACGCUUCUGGUGCAUCUAGAGAAGACUCAUGCCGAAGAGAAAUGCCCGUGGUGUGAUACCCAGCUCCUCAAGCACUGGUCCUAUAAGCAGAAGGAGGAGCACUAUAGAAACUCCCAUGCAGACCAGCUGCGAAAGGUGCUUCGGCUUCCUGAGAAACCCAAAUCGCAUCCGCCUCACAACCAAACGACCACCCCCGAAAAGCCACGCAAUAGCCCUUCAGAGGCCACUACAUCUCUUUCAACCUUUAUAAUUACCGACCAAGCCAGACCUCCAGUUGGCCCGUUGCCCCAGCCAAUACAGCCAGCGAAGGCCAGCGACAGGGAGAAAGGCUAUCGAUACUGUGAUCGUUGCGGUCGUGACCACAAAGAACUCAAGAGCUAUGAGGACCGAAACCAUCAUGAUCGUGUUUGCGUGCCCUUGGCUGAGGGAGCCGGGCGAUGUACAUUCUGUAAACUUUGCGGAGAUCGUGAGUGGAAGACUGAAAAAGAUGCCACAGAUUUUGGACCUUUCGACACUUAUCCUCACAAGUGCCACGGCACUCUCCACGAAAACAAGCCGCAUUGCACCAAGUGCGGAUUCUCGAUGAAGAAACUCUCCGACGAGAAAGUCGACAGGCAUCGCAAGUUCUGCGGGGGCUUCUAUGGUACCCUGGGUUGUUUCUGUCCGUACUGCCAGAAAUCCUUUGUAAGCGACGGAACCCAGAAGCCUAUUGAUGAAAUCAAAAAUCACAUCACGGCUUGCCCCCAAGAAGAGGGCCCCAAGCCAACGCCGUGGGACAUCUAUUCAGAGGUCUUCUGGAAAGAUACUGACAAGUCAAUCGACCCUCUCUUCGUGGGGGCCGCGGAGACCUCCGCGGCCUUGUUCAAACAACAACGUCGUCCUCGCGCUUCUAGUCGCUAUCUCAGUCUCCCUCUCAUGUGGCAUGAUAAGCCAGGACCAAUUCCUACGUCAGACCCGCCUUCUGAGUGUCCUGCUGCCGGGUGUCGAGAACCUCUUUUCGGCCUGAUGCCAUCCGAGGUUCUAGGACACUUUGAGAAGAAACAUUUUGAGGAGCCCCUGAAACAGUGUCCGCUCUGCCAUCUGUCGUUCAAGAGGCCUAAGGAAGAUCGCGAGAAGCAACCGGAGCUCGGGGAGUGGGAGGACAGAAAAGACCAGGUCUCCCACAUGGAGUGUCACGUCUACCAGCUUUGGGACAUUUUGGCUGGCAGUGCUCGGCCUCCUGCCAUGGUCAAUCAGGAACCCUUCAACCCGGGUCACAGUCUUUGGGAUCCCGAGAAUGAGAGCGCAUUGGAUCGGCGUGACAAGCGCUGUCCGCACUUUGACCAGUGUGGCGCCAUGGUGGGCUUCAUGAACCAACUCCAGUGGAACGAGCAUUUGAAGAAGGCGCACGCUAUCGAGCCCCUCGAGACACAGAUUGUCCGAGACAUGGACGCUGAAAUCGCGGCUGCUCGCGAAGAAAGGAGGCAGCAGAGAAUUCGCGAGGGAAAGAAUCCAAUUCCAGGUCUGCCAGCGCCCAAAGAUAUACAAGACAGCGGAUCGGGGCCAGUUGUGACAGGAGGGACGCAGACGGGAACAGGUCCCAGUGUUCAGCUCGGUGGAAAUCACGAGAAUGGCCCAAAGAUCCAAGACGUUCGGCAAGACGUACCCGGCCCCAAGGAUAGAGGACCAAAACCCGGGGAUGAAGUUCGCGACGGCCAUCGAGGUAGCCGGCCUCAUGAGCCUGGGCCGAUUCUGUCACCCCCGCCUACAGGUUCCAAACCGCACACAGCCACCGCUUUGGGGAAUGAACCUCGCCAAGGAGAAAAGCAGCCAAAGAGUCCGAAGGGCCCGAUAAAGAAACCUCCUAAAGAUUCUGGAAAGGUGACUACGGACCCCAACAGUGUCAAGGGAACGCCAAAGACAGGUGGCAAUCCGCCCACGGAUAAGUUUGUGCCGACUGACGACAUGUACUGUUCACGGUGCUUGCGUCCGACUCCCAAGAGUCACACGAAUGGCGAACCUUCGAAACAAGAGCAGAUAGACGCACACUCGGAUCCGAGACGUAGCUGCCGAAUUCCAGCGAGACAAGGCAAAGUACAACUUGACCGUGAAGACAAGGCCAUAUUGCCAAGCAAAGUCGGUUGGAUCACGCAAAAAGAAAUUGUUAAAGCGGGCGGUGUGACCAAACUCAGAAAAGCCUUUGUCAAAAACAACCCGGGGUUGAAGAUGACCAUAUACCCCACCGAUAACAGAUUUACGGAUAUGAGGAACCUGUGGACGCGGGAUCCGAAUCAUCCCAAGAACAAAGAGAACUGGGGAUUGCCUUUUCGGCCCCGAAAUGAUGAUGACACUGAUGAGAGCGAGGACGACGGCUUGCGGAAUUACCACCCAGAAAAUGAUGAGUCCGGGGACGACGAUGAGAACGAGGAAGAGGAUGAAGGGGGCGAGAAGAUAGCCGAUGCAGAUGGCGAAGACAACGACGAUGAUGUGGAGGAGGACGACGAUGACGACGGCGGUCCCGGGAACCGGGCUAAGCAGAAGCGGAAGCCGUAUCGUGGAUUUUCCACCCACGACCCGACAUACCGAGAUCGUGGGGAAGAGGAUGAUCUGAGCCAGACGAGCGACAGGGAACUGGUAUCGGAGAGCGGAGAUGAUGGAGCUGGUACCAUUGGUGGAUCAUCCGGUGCGAAGCGGAAGCGCGGGAAUGGGGAGUCAUCAGGACACGGCAGCAAGGAGGGCAAGGAUAAGACCCAGGAGAGGCAUCCUAAGAAGGCCAAGGUGGACGCGAGUUCUCAGGGGCGAUGA